ACAUCGGGUAGCAUUCUCUACCACUGGUUACGUAACAUAUGCUCCAAAAUGACCUGAUAAUAAGCUCUUUAAAUCUAUAAAAAUGUUAGUUCAUUUUUUUUUUUGCAACUAUCCACACGUGUUUUACCAAACAAAAAAAACUCGCGAUACUUGGAUCAAACAUAAAAGAGCUUGAUACGGUCCUUUGCCAAAUAUCAAAUGCUAUAGAUAAGCAUCACACACCAAUCAAUGGUAUCACUACUAAAGCUAUUUAAUCAUGGGUUACUACUAGUAGACAACUCCUUCUUCAACACUGUCGCGACUCCUCAGCAAGCUGCUAAAGAACAAUAUAAUGUGGUGAAAUAUUUAGGUGGAUCUGCCCCAUACAUACAACGACCAGGAUUUGGAAUAUCAACAGAAAUACCGCAUAAAUGUGAAGUUGAGCAAGUUCACUUGCUAUCAAGACAUGGAGAAAGAUAUCCAUCGAAAGGUGAUGGAGUUCAAUUUGAAAAAAUAUUCAAAAAAUUUCAAGACUAUCCAAAUCAAUUCAAAGGUGAUCUAGAGUUUUUAAAUGAAUAUCAAUACUUCGUGACUGAUCCUAACAAUUAUGAAAAGGAAACUUCCCCAUUCAAUGCAAAUAGUCCAUUUGAUGGUAUAAGAGACGAAUUGAGACAUGGGUCUACGUUUAGAACUAAGUAUGGGUCCUUGUAUAAUUCAAAUUCACGUAUGCCAGUAUUUACGACCAAUUCACAAAGAUGUUAUAAGACUUCAGAAGCGUUUAUGAAGGGUUUCUUAGGUGAUGAUUAUAAUGAAGACGAUAUUGAUUUCGUUGUCAUUAGUGAAGAUGGUGAUAUGGGUUUAAAUUCAUUGACUCCAAGAUAUGCAUGUUCAAGUUUAGAUAGUGAGAUCAAUAGACUGAAACUCAAUCAAUAUGAUAGAUCAUUUCUUAAUGAUAUUCUCUCCAGAUUCCAGACAGAUAAUCCUGGUUUGGAUUUAACUCCUUCCGAAGUUAAUUCAUUGUUCUUUUGGUGUGCAUUUGAAAUCAAUGUCAAAGGGUCAUCUCCAUUUUGUAAUCUAUUCACAAACGAAGAGUUUAUAAGGAGUUCCUAUUCAACUGAUUUAGGAAACUAUUAUACCACAGGACCAGGAAAUUCACAAUCUAGAGUAGUCGGAUCAGAAAUGAUUAAAGCAACUUUGAAACUAUUACAGGAUAAUAAUUCAGAAAACAAAAUUUGGAUAUCAUUUACUCAUGAUACAGAUAUGGAAAUGUAUUUAAGUUGUUUAGGUAUAAUUGAUCCACAACAAGAACUUCCAGUAGAUAGAAUUCCAUUUCCAAAUCCAUACAGUGCAGCCGAAAUGUUACCUCAAGGGGCAAGAAUUUAUGUUGAGAAAUUCAAAUGUAACGAUAAUGAAUCUUAUGUGAGAUAUAUUAUAAAUGAUUCCGUCAUGCCUAUAUCGAAUUGUUUACAGGGUCCAGGAUUCUCGUGUAAAUAUUCGGACUACAAUAAUUAUAUUACAGAUAGAUUAGCUGGUUUAAACUUUGAACAACAAUGUCUGCUUAAGCAAGGUUUAUCUAACGAAUUAACUUUUUAUUGGGACUAUAAAUCUGUUAAGUAUGAUGCUCCACUCAUAGAUCAAUAAUGCUACUAUAUAUUUUAUGUAAUAC